CAGGGGGUCGGAAGUUAAGGCCGUAGUAGAAAUUCCCCAUUUCCUCCUGUCAAAUCCCUAGAACCCAAAUCCUCGACCAAAUCGCCACAGAUCCGUCCAGCAGGAGGUGGGGAGGGAGAAGAUGGACCAUCACCACCCGCCGCCGCUCCCGCAGCAGCACGGCGACCACUACCGGCCGCUGGUGCUCUCCCCGCAGCCCGACCACGCCCACGCCCUUCAGUACCAGCAGCCGCAGCAGCAGCAGCAGCAGCAAGCGACGCCGCCGCCGCAGCAUCACCACCCCUCGCUGGCGUCCCAUUUCCACCUCCUCCACUUGGUGACAAGAUUAGGUGAUGCGAUUGCAACAGGCACAAGGGAUCAAGCUUUUGAUGCAUUGGUUGAAGAAUUGACCAGUCAAUUUGCCAGGAGCCAACAGUUAUUGAACUCCAUUUCAGGAACACUAAGCUCAAAAUCUGUUACGGUUGAAGGACAAAUGCAAAGUUUGGAAGAAACCCGUCAGCUGCUUGAUCAAAGAAAGGAUUUGAUCGCGAAAUACAAAAGCUCGGUGGAAGACCUCCUCAAGGGGGAUCCAACAAGAUAAAAAGGCUCUGACAGUCGGACCCUCAGAACAUUAGUUAUGAUGUAGCUCGUUACCACCACCGCCUGAAAUAAAUUCCUGAUCGACACGUCUUAUCAUGUAAACAUGCUUGGAGUAGUCUGUGGAGUAAGGGACAUGGGAUUUUGAAGUGGUGGUUACAAAGCCGCAUUUGUGUGUUGGGUGCGUGUACUUUGAGUUUUAUGAAGUCAUGGUUGAGUCCGCGUAAAAUGGACCAAGCAUAUAUGCAUGAAUGCCCCGAAUUCUUCAGCCUGAUCGGUUGGAUAUUAUGCACUGAACUUGUUUGAUGUCUAUCGGCAUAGAGAUAAUGUGAUAAUCCGGGGGCAA